GUCAGCAGCGGCUGCAGGAAAGGAAGGUGGAGGCGCCCGGAGCCUCCUCGCCCCGUGUAAGGCCCCCCUGGCCUGUAAAAUCCAGCAAAGAUGUCUGAAUACAUCCGCGUUACUGAGGAUGAGAACGAUGAGCCCAUUGAGAUCCCUUCAGAGGAUGAUGGCACUGUGCUGCUAUCCACAGUUACUGCCCAGUUCCCCGGAGCAUGUGGCCUGCGUUACAGGAACCCAGUGUCUCAGUGUAUGAGAGGAGUCCGGCUAGUGGAAGGAAUUCUCCAUGCUCCAGAUGCUGGUUGGGGAAAUCUGGUCUAUGUUGUUAAUUAUCCCAAAGAUAACAAGAGGAAAAUGGAUGAAACAGAUGCCUCAUCAGCUGUGAAAGUAAAACGAGCAGUACAAAAGACAUCUGAUUUAAUAGUUCUGGGUCUUCCCUGGAAAACCACUGAACAAGAUCUAAAGGAAUAUUUCAGUACAUUUGGAGAAGUUCUCAUGGUGCAGGUUAAGAAAGACAUUAAGACUGGUCACUCAAAGGGUUUUGGUUUUGUUCGAUUUACGGAGUAUGAAACCCAGGUGAAAGUGAUGUCCCAACGACACAUGAUAGAUGGAAGAUGGUGUGACUGUAAACUUCCUAAUUCUAAGCAAAGUCCUGAUGAACCUUUGCGUAGCAGAAAGGUGUUCGUUGGGCGCUGCACUGAGGAUAUGACUGCAGAUGAGCUCCGGCAGUUCUUUUCUCAGUAUGGAGAAGUGGUAGAUGUCUUCAUCCCCAAACCCUUCAGAGCUUUUGCUUUUGUUACAUUUGCAGAUGAUCAGGUUGCCCAGUCUCUUUGUGGAGAGGACUUGAUCAUUAAAGGAAUCAGCGUACAUAUAUCCAAUGCUGAACCUAAGCACAAUAGCAAUAGACAGUUAGAAAGAGGUGGAAGAUUUGGUGGUAAUCCAGGAGGCUUUGGGAAUCAGGGUGGAUUUGGUAAUAGCAGGGGGGGAGGAGGUGGUUUGGGGAACAACCAGGGCAGUAAUAUGGGUGGAGGGAUGAAUUUUGGAGCAUUUAGUAUCAACCCUGCUAUGAUGGCGGCAGCCCAGGCAGCAUUGCAGAGCAGCUGGGGAAUGAUGGGCAUGUUAGCUAGUCAACAGAACCAGUCUGGGCCAUCGGGAAACAACCAACCUCAAGGCAACAUGCAAAGGGAGCAGAACCAGGGUUUUAGUUCAGGGAGUAAUUCUUACGGAGGAUCUAACUCUGGAGCAGCAAUAGGUUGGGGGUCAGCAUCAAAUGCAGGAUCAAGCAGUGGGUUUAAUGGAGGCUUUGGUUCAAGUAUGGAUUCCAAAUCAUCAGGCUGGGGAAUGUAGACAGUGGGCUCUGAUACUGACUCUAUGGUGGGAAAUCAAAUUUUUCUAAACUCAUGGUAAGUAUAUUGUAAAUUGCAUAUAUACUAAAAUUUUCCUGAUCAAUUUGUUCAAUGUGCAGUAUAUUCAACAGUAUUUUUGACAUUUUUCUUUUGUAAAAAGAAAGGUUAAAGGAAUUUUAUAAGUUUUGUUACAUAAUUUGUUGGAAUAUUGAAUGAUUGAAAGUGAACUGCUGUUUGCCUGAUGGGUAAACUAACACACUACAAUUGAGAGGAAGGGUUUCUCCUGUAAUAUUUUAUUCCUUGUCAGCUGAAUUCUUUGCAUGGUCAAAAAGGAAACCAUUGGUCAGAAACUACAUUCUUUCUUUUCCUCUUGUUUGUUUUAAUUUGAUCCCCACCAUAAGAAUCUCUCCAAAUGCCCCAGUUGGAGAACAGUGUCGGUGUUGUUGUGUUUUGUUUGUUUGUUUGUUUUUUUCCUUUUAACACUGUCUCCCCUCAUAUACUAAGUACAAUAUGAAGGCUUCAUUUAAUCUCUGCAGUUCAUCUCAUUUCAAAUGUGUAUGGAAGAAGCACUUAAUUGAAAGCAGUGCUGUAAAUAUUCUGCUUUAGGAAUACUUCUGUCUACAUGCUUUCUCAUCCAAGAAUACUUCAUCACACUGCACAUGCUACGUCUUAGACGGUGGGUGUUCCAUUUUUAUCCGCUACUCUUUAUUUCGUGGAAUCGUAUCAACGCUAUGAACGCAAGGCUGUGAGAUGGAACCAGAAGGCUGUUUGAACUUUUGAAACCUUGUGUGGGAUUGAUGGUGGUGCCGAGGCAUGAGAGGGCUGGUAUGUGCGAGAAAAAGGAGAGAGCGCAUGCAGAGACCUGGUGGUGCAUUAUGGGAUUUUAUUUUACUUGGCGAGAUGUCUCUCAAUCCUGUGGCUUUGGUGAGAGAGUGUGCAGAGAGCAAUGAUAGCAAAUAAAGUACGAGUGUUUUUUGCAUUCAAAGGACAUCCAUAUCUGGAAGCCUAAAUGGGUUUUAUACCUAGUUAACCAAUUAGUUGAAUGUGUUAAGUGAAAUGAAUAUCUGUAUUUUUUUUCCCUUAUGUCAACUGCUGUGAAUGUUGUAUGGUGUGUGUUCUUUUCUGUUAAUGAUAUGUAAGUGUGGUAAUGUGAAUCGAAGAUGAUGGGGUUUGUGACGAGAACAUUGAGUUUGUGGUGUGCUUUGCGGUAGUUGUAGCAGAGUUCACUAGCGAGCUCAGUGUGCCUCUUAAGGGUGGAAGUUCCACUGUCUGUAAGAUAUCCAUAAGAAUGCUGUUUGCUGCAGUUCUGUGUUUGGAUGCUUUUUAUAAGAUUUGUCAAUGUAGGAAAUUCUUAAAUAAAACUGAUUUAAGU